GCUGGGUCGAAAUUUCGAAAUCCUCUCUUUUUUUUUCCUUUCCCUUUUACGACAACGAAAUUUCCGAUCAAAAGUCGACAAAUUCAUUCGCAAUGGCUAAGGAAGCGCCUGCAAAGACCGGUCUGGCCGUUGGCCUGAACAAGGGCCACAAGACUACCGCUCGUGUCGUCAAGCCCCGUGUUUCCCGCACCAAGGGACACCUGAGCAAGCGAACCGCCUUUGUGCGUGAGGUCGUCAAGGAGGUUGCUGGCCUCGCUCCCUAUGAGCGUCGUGUCAUCGAACUUCUCCGCAACAGCAAGGACAAGCGUGCCCGUAAGCUGGCCAAGAAGAGGCUCGGUACCUUCGGCCGUGCCAAGAGAAAGGUCGAUGAGCUCCAGCGCGUCAUCGCCGAGUCCCGUCGUGCUCACUAAACGAUUUACAUAAAAAAAAUCGAGGCAAUGGGAGGGAUAUUUCGGUAAUGGCAAAUAAAAAAAGAAUUGAAAUAAAAAGGAAACAACUUCUUUUUUCUUAAAAUCAAGCACGGGUUUUUCGCAUGGAUUCGGCGCGGGUCAUGAUUUUCGAUUGAUUCAAUUUGGGCUUUAAUGCGACGGCGCAGCAACGGUAUAUAGCUGCGGGUUUUCAUUCCGUC